GAAAAUCUCUGAUUCACACAUCCAUAUUUUCUCUUUCUAUUUGUAAUCUUACAACAUAAAUAACUGAAGACCACCCCUCUGCUCACUUGAGGUCCUGAGAGCUAGCUCCUUAUCGGUUACCCCUCCUCCCUAAUCUAAACACCGACGAAUAUCCGACAGCACCUCAACCCCAGCUUGCUCCAUCUCUCUCUCAACCCCAUCACCAAACAAACAAUCAACCAGCCACCAUCAUGGCACACAUCCAUCUCGCACCUGUCAAUCCGCCUCUAGGCGUGAAUCCCAACUACUGCGUGGGCAAACAAACAACCCUAGUGAUGAAAGAAAAAGUCUUCUCCCUCUCCGGCGACACCUUCCACAUAACCGACGAGGCGGGCCUAGAAGUCGUACAAUGUCGCGGCACAACGUUCUCCCUGUCUGAUAGGAAGGAGUUUAUGGAUACGAGAGGGAAUCCGCUGUUUAGUCUGAGGAAUAAGUUGAUUGCGAUACAUAAGACGUUUUAUGCUGAGGAGGCAGGGACGGGUCGUAUUUUGUUUGAGAUUAAGGGGAAGUUUAGUAGUAAGUUGAUCCCUUGGGUGGGGAGAGAAGAGGAGAAAGGCUAAUGAUGAUGGUAGUUGGAAAGUCGAAGAUGGUUGCUACCUUUGUUAAUGCUAGUACUCAGCAGCCGGUCGAGUUGCUUGUCAAGGGCGAUUGGCUGGAUCGAAGCGCGACUAUUACGAUGGGCGGGAUGGUGGUUGCACAGAUCUCGAGGAGUGUUUUCAAUAUGCGAGAAUUGAUCGGGGGACAACAGUCUGUGAGUAUUUCCAUUGGAGCUCGAGGGUUUGAGAAAGAUCGUGCGGAAAGGCCUUGAAGAAUGGAGUAACAUAUACUACGAUUCUUCCGAGCUAUUCAUUUGUUAACCCUGUCUCUCUUGGUGCUAUUAAAGGGAGAAAGGAAUGUUUUUUGAGAAUCCACAAGUGCUAACAGACGUUUGCUAGUACUACGUAAUAGUCGCACCGGGUGUCGACCUCACACUUAUGGCAGCUCUCUGCGUCUGUCUCGACGAAAAGGAGAACGAAAAGUAAUUCGACCGCUGCCUCUGCUACCAAAAUCUCAACAUAUGUGUCCACCACUUGGUUCU